AUGCAUCCUCUGUUUGGAACGUGUUUUACUCUGUUUCUUUUUCUAUUGCCUUGUACCUGCAAAAUUACUGAUGAGCAAAGUCUUAUAAAGUUCAAGAAGUUCAUCACUCUAGAUCCUCUGAAUUCCUUGGCCAAUUGGCGCCCUACUAUUCACUUCCGCAAUUGGACUGGAGUUACUUGUGAUUCAACAGGCAACAGGGUACAAUUGGUUGAGCUGGGAGAUAUGGAAUUAGGGGGUUCCAUCUCUCCUUCAAUUGGUAAUCUCUCAUUCCUCACACAACUUGAUCUACAUAACAACAGUUUUGUAGGCCGAAUUCCGGAGGAAACAGGCAGACUUCAACGCCUAAAGGUUCUUUAUCUUUACACCAAUCUAUUGGAGGGCUCCAUUCCAAAGAAUUUGACUUCCUGCAAGGAGUUACAAGAAUUGUUACUCCCUGACAACCAGUUUACUGGAACAAUUCCUCCAGAGCUAAGUAUGCUUACAAAUCUCCAAGACCUUUCGCUCGGCUCCAACAAUAUUUCUGGUAAAAUCCCUUCCUCCUUACGAAAUCUCUCUUACCUAGAAUCAUUUUAUAUAGCAGAUACCGGCCUUGAAGGCAACAUUCCACCUGAAUUAGGAAAGCUAUCCAGCUUGAUCUCUUUUCUGUUGUUUGAGAAUCCUCGUUUAACAGGCCCUAUUCCCUCGUCAAUCUCAAACAAUUCAGGAUUAGUAGAACUGGGUCUUUAUAGCAACAACUUGACUAGUACUAUCCCACCUGAAUUGGGCAAGCUCUCUCGCCUUAGAGUUCUAUAUCUAUGGGAGAAUCAACUGAAAGGCACCAUCCCACCCACAAUUGCCAACUGUACACAACUGAUUGACCUGGAUUUGGAGCUCAAUCAUCUCAGUGGAGAAGUACCAUUAGUGCUGAGCAGGCUUUCACAUCUGCGAUUCUUGAACCUUUCAUCUAAUCAACUAGUCAGCGGGAGCACUCUCACCAUCCCCAUUCUUAAGGCCCUCCAGAAUUGCACUAGCCUCAAUAAAAUAUGGAUUGAUCAAAAUCAUUUGACUGGAUACUUGCCAGAGCAGCUCCCCACAAAUCUCUCUCUUUUGGUACUAGAUGGUAAUAAGAUAACAGGAAGUAUACCUUCAUUUAUUGCCAACAUAAGCAAGUUGGGAGAUCUUUAUUUGUCUUCCAAUCUCCUUACAGGCAGCAUCCCAUCUUCUCUUAGAAGCCUUCAUAAGUUGCAAAGACUUUUGUUGGACAACAACAAGCUAGAAGGAAACAUACCCACUGAGAUUGAAGAAAUGAAAAGCCUUGGAGAGCUAUCACUGAGCCAUAAUGUGCUUUCUGGAGGAAUCCCUGUUACAAUUGGUCGCCUUCAACAGUUAACACAUCUUGUGCUUAACCACAGCCGAUUCUCCGGGAACGUCCCUGCAAGUUUGGGAAAAUGUUACAAUUUGCAAUUGCUAGACCUCUCCAACAAUCAGUUCACAGGACGUAUCCCCGAUGAAGUGGCCAGUCUUGCUAAUUUACAGUUCUAUUUCAAUUUGUCCAGAAACUCAUUUCAGGGAUCUCUGCCUCUGGAAAUCGAAAAGAUGAUUCAUGUUCAAGCUAUUGAUGUUUCAGCUAACAGGUUAAAAGGUAAAAUUCCAGCCUCAGAAUGA